AUGGUGAUCACUAGUAAUGAUGCCAAUCGCAUCAAUUGGCUCAUUACUAAACGUGGUCAGGAAUUCUCCAUCAAAGACUUGGGGUUCCUUCACCAUCUCCUUCGUAUUGAAGUUCACCGUCGUCAGCAUGUCCUCUUUCUUUGCCAACAACGAUAUGCUGAGGAAAUUCUUAGUCGUGCCUCUAUGAAGUCAUGCAAACCAAUCUCUACUCCCAUGCCUGAAAAAGGACGACACUUAUCAGUUACAAUGAUGCUAUAUCUUGAUCUAUCUCAAUAUAGAAGCAUAGUGGGAGCUCUUCAGUACUUAACAUUCACCAAACCAGACCUUUCCUUUAGUGUCAACUUUGCCUACCAAUUCAUGCAUGCUCCUACUAUAGGUCAUUACAAGAUGGUCAAACGCAUUCUUUGCUAUGUUCGUGGCACCACUACCUUUGGGAUAAACAUUCAUAAAUCAAGCACCCUUGACUUGUAUGGAUUCUCUGAUGCAGAUUGGGCUGGCUGCCUAAUCACUAGGCGAUACACAAUUGAUUUUUGUACCUUUCUAGGUGGCAAUUGCAUUUCUUGGAGUGCCAAGAAACAAUUCACAGUAGCCCGCUCGAGUGCUGAACCUGAAUAUCGAGCUAUGGCCUCCAUUGCAGCAUAA